CACCCUCUCCCGGCCCGUCACCCUCCCCUCUCGCUCUUUUCCUUCCCGCUUUCCCCGGAGAAACAUGGCCGGGAACCGUGAGGAGGCGCCAGACUACGGGCGAGGCGUCGUGAUUAUGGAUGACUGGCCAGGGUAUGAUCUGAGCUUAUUCACGUACCCACAGCACUACUAUGGAGACUUGGAAUACGUGCUCAUCCCUCAUGGCAUCAUUGUGGACAGAAUUGAACGGCUGGCUAAGGAUAUUAUGAAAGACAUAGGAUACUGUGACAUUAUGGUCCUGUGUGUACUCAAAGGAGGCUACAAGUUCUGUGCAGAUCUGGUAGAACACCUGAAGAACAUCAGUCGAAACUCUGAUAGAUGUGUCUCUAUGAAGGUUGAUUUCAUCCGACUAAAAAGUUAUAGGAAUGACCAGUCCAUGGACGAGAUGCAGAUCAUUGGAGGCGAUGAUCUUUCGACUCUGGCUGGAAAGAAUGUCCUCAUUGUUGAGGAUGUUGUUGGAACCGGGAGAACCAUGAAAGCCUUGCUCAGUAGCAUAGAGAAGUACAAGCCCAACAUGAUCAAGGUAGCCAGUUUGUUGGUGAAGAGAACGCCUAGAAGUGAUGGCUUUAGACCUGACUAUGCUGGAUUUGAGAUUCCAAACUUAUUUGUGGUGGGUUAUGCCUUAGAUUACAAUGAAUACUUCAGAGAUCUAAAUCACAUAUGUGUGAUCAAUGAACACGGCAAAGAAAAAUACCGAGUCUAAAGAAGUAAAAUUUUGCCAUCGCAUCUCCAGAUAACAUCCUACUUAACGACUACACUCAGGAAGCCAGCAUGUAAAAUUUGUCUCCCAGGCAUCUUCACUCAGCAGGACUUAAAAUGGAAAAAAAUUUUUUUUAAUGAAUGAGCUUUCUUUUCUGAGAUUAUAACAUAACAUAGAGAGUCCCAAAGGUUUUUAAGGAAAAGAAAGCAAUGCUUUUAUUUGACUUGUUCCAAAUUAAACACUCCACCUUGUGACUCACAAGUUCAGUCCACCUUCACACCCCUGAGAAACUCCUUCUUUUGUUUUGAUAAAGUCAUUAUGGUUGAUUACUAUACCCGCACCUACUUACUCAAAUAUUUUUCAGUUAGUGUUUUUUUUUUUUUUAGUACUUCAUUUUGGUGCUAUUUCACAAUCUUAAAACCUGAAAGCCUUUUCAGUGAACCUCUGAGCCCAUAUUCUAGAAAUGCAGCUUCCAUACUAAUAAAGGAGGAAAAGGACAAUUUAAUAUAAAUUUCUGUUUGCACACUUCCGACAGGCCAUUAUGAUCUGCUUUGACAAAGCCUCUCUGAACAGCAGCGUUCAGUGCAUCUUAAUGAUGUUAUGAGAUGGGCCUUUGCCCAGUGCUCUUGAUUGGAGCUUCCGGUAUGUGAUAACGGUAUGUCAUGUAUGCUUGGAUGUGCUCAAGUGUGUUUAAUACUCUGAAUUUUAAAUAGAAAAAACACAAUGGCAGCAAGGACCCUGGUCUCUCAGCAGCACUCGUUUAUUCGUUUGAGACAUGAGCAAAUAGCAAAAUUGUGGGGGGGAGGGGAAGGUGUUUUCAGUGCUUGAAACUGGGAAAGUAUAAAUUGUUAUUGUAUUUCCGUCAGAGGGCCAGACACUAUUAUGUAUUAUCCUAAAGAAGAAUCCAAAAAAAAAAAAAA